AUGUCGCAAAAAUACAACCCUCCCUCCGGCGCACCGCCAGCGUACGACGGCUCAUCCCAAGGCGGAUCGCAAAUCUCCUCUCCACCACCCGUACACGCCUCCCCCGCCCCACACUCAGACUACUACAACGCCUCUCCCUACCAGCAAAACGCGCAACCCUAUCCAAACCAGUACAAUGACCCCCAUCCUCCGACCUCAAAUGGAUAUUACGCGCCGCCUCAGAUGCAACAGGGGGGUUAUUACCAACAGCCACAGCCAGGCUACGGGCCAGGAUAUGGACAGCAAGGCUAUGGACCAGGUGGAUAUGGACCCCAAGGUGGGUAUCACAAUGGGGGCUAUGCGCCGGGGUACGGACCGCAAGGGCAGUACUUGGGUGAUCGAAGGGGUGGGAAUUGGGACAUUGGCGAAAACAUGGAGCAACAGGACGCAAUAACAGAGAGGGAUUGUGGAACGCAAGCAGGUUUCCGGAGAAGAGGGCUCACAUACAUGGCGUUGCGUUUGGCUUCUUGGCUGGCUGGACCGUCCGAGGAAAGAAACACGGGUCCCAACUUGGAAAUCUCUAACAUGCAUGGAAAGGUGUUGCUGGAAUGA